AUGUUUAAUCGAUCGCAGAAUAUUGAACAAAGGACAAAUCAAAAAUUUAAAUCAUAUUUCGGGAGUUACACGUCUUUAAUAAGUCCUAGUGCCUCCAUGAAUCGUUUAAUGGGAUUUUUACCAUACAAACUCGAAUCGUCGAAAUUUGUAUAUUCGAAAUCAUACUUUGUUUUCUCUACAAUUUCCAUGAUUAUUUAUUCCGUCUGCAUUAUUUAUUCUCUGUACCAAAUCAACAUUUCUUCUGUGCGUUUUGAAAAAUUUGCAAUUAAGUUACAUAUUACUCUCAUAUUGCUUUGUGGGCCUGUGAUUUUCAUCUCGGCUUAUGCCAAAAAUCAAUCAAUGAUCCAAACGAUCGAUGGUAUCUGGAACGUUUCUCGUAUACCGUCAUCAGAAACUUGUCGUAAAGUGGCUACAAGAAUUCUAAUAAAAGAUAUCUUAAUCCUGAUACCACCAAUGUACUACAUUACAAGCACCAUCUUCUACAUAAAUUUUAUUUUUGGUUAUACCUGUUGGUAUACUUUUUUCGGCGUCAGCGUACAGAUGAGCUUGUACAUGAACAACGUAUACGUGCUAAAUGCUUGUUUUAAAUACAUAAACGAUUCCUUAGUGAAAGUGAAGGAAAUUCUAGUCAAUGAUGAGCCUCAUCUUCUCAGAAGAGUCUAUCAUAUGCAGAAGAAUCCUAUAUUAUUGUCGAAGUUGAGGACUCUUAAAAAGCAACAUCUAGAGAUGUGCGAAGUCGUUCAGCUACUGAAUAGCACGUGUAGCGUGCAAAUCGAAGCUAUGUUAACAAUAAUGUUCAUUGACAUUACAUUCAAUAUGUAUAAUUAUUUAACAGUGCACGAAGAAGUAGGCGAGGUGAAAUCGCUAAUUCUUAUUGUUAGCUUCGCGAUUUAUUACAUCGUACAUAUACUUCUCACCGUUUCGAUCGUUGAAAUUACCAGGAACCAAAUGACAAAAAUUGGCUGCAGCGUUCAUCGAAUUCUUGUACAUACUUCCGACGAGCAGGUAACGACGGAGUUGGAGUUGUUCUCGUUGCAAGUGCUGGAAAAAGGUAACACGUUCGUCAUGAAGGGACUCGUAAUAGAUGCAACCCUUUUGACAAAGAUGGCGUGCAGCAUUACCACUUUUUUUUUAAUAUUAGUGCAGUUCUUACUUGUCGAGUCUUGUUGA